CCAAAGAAGGAUAGAAUCAGUCUUACACCGGAAGUAUCAAAGUCAACAGAAUUUACUAAAAAAGAGACUAUUUCAGUUAAGGAAACCCACACAGCUGAACUGGCAGUGCAUACAACAAGAGGGAAAGAAGAGUCUAAAAGUAAUGAAAACAAAGAAAAAGCUAAUGCUGGAUCUGAAGUACUUGUAUCAACAGAGAAGGAGCUGGCACAAAAUAAUAUUGUUGGCCUUAAAGGUCAUCAAGUUAAACUGGAAACUCCAACAAAGAGAAUGAAUGAACCAGCUGAAAAAGAGCAAAUUGCAAACACAGAGAAAAUAAGUGUGAGGCAGGCGGAACUGUCACCAACAGCACAUACUAAAACUGAAGCUGUUGCAGGCAAUGGAAAUAACCAGCUUAAACAUGGACUUGAAUGCAAGAUUACUGACAAUGUUAAGCAGGAAGUGGCUCAACCAGGAGAGAAAGAAACUAUUAAGAAAGAGAUUGUAGCAGUCAGUGACAAUCACAAGGGUAAACAGGAAGUACUUCCAAUAAAAGAGAAAGAAAAAUCUAAACAUGCACUAGCAACCAAAGACAUGGUCGCUGUUCAACAGGAAGCAUUCAUGUCAAAAGGGAAAGAGGAUAUUCAAAAGGAAACAGCUGCUCUCUGUGAAAAUCACCAUGGCAAACAAGAUGCUACAGCAAGGAGAAAGCAAGGACCUCCUGACAGCUAUGCACAUGCAGACAAAAAUAGCAUAAAUGUGAGAAGGGAAGAACAACCAUCAACACCACCCACAAAAUCAGAGGCUAAUGCAGUCAUAGAAAGUCACCAGGCUCAACACGAGCUUGCGAAGAAAGACGGAAUGAGUGUCACACAAAAAAUGUCUCCAUCAGGGGAGAGAGAACAUGUUAAGACCAAAACUGGUGAAAAUCACCUGACCAGACAGGAAGUACAUGUAGCAGAAGAGGAAGGAGAUGCUAAAAAUCAGCAACUCAUUGCAAACAAAGAAAGAGAUAAGGUUAAAAAAGAGGCACCUCCAUCAAAGGAGAAAGAAACUCAACACCUACAGUCUGUAUUUGAACACCACCAACCUUUACCUGUGGCGGGUAGGGCAGGAGGCAAGGAUGACUUGAAAUCACUACUGAAAGUAGAACAUGUUGCCAAAGAAACUGUUUCAGACGAUCAAAAUGUCCACUGUAAGCAGGAAGUACUUGCAAUGAGUGAAAAACAACAUGCUCAGGGUGAGAUGAUUGCUUUUGAUGAAACUCACCAAGUUAAACUGGAUGUGCUUUCAAGGCGGAGAAAGGAGAAAGCUGAGAAAUAUGCGCGUGCGAACAUGGACACAAUACCUGUAACACGGCAUGAACAUCCACCAAUGCCACCAACUGAAACUGAAGCUAUGUUAGCCAAUGAAAUUCCCAAAGUUAAACAUGAAGUUCCAAAGGAAGACAAAAGCAGUGCUGUACCUGAAAUGCUUCAAGGGGACAAGGGAAAUACCAAGAAUGAAACUGUCACAGUCAAUGAAAGUAUCAUUGGUAAAGAAGCAUGUGUUACAGGAGAUAGAGUAGAUGCUAUAAAGGAUUUACAGGUUAACAAAGGAAAUGUCACACAGGAGACAUCCAUGGUUGGCAUGAAUGAAAAUCAACAGACCAAAUAUUCAUUCGUGAACAAAGAGAAAGGUGGAGUCAGACUGGAUGCACUUCCAUCGUUGCAGAAUAUUAGAAAAGAACCUGUUGCAGUCAGUGAAAGUCAGCAGGUUGAAAGGGAAGCACUGGCAACAAUUAAGAAACAAAAUUCAACAAAUUUUGUAGCAGCCAGCAAUGAAAGAGGCAAGGUGAGAGCAGAGGUGCUUCCUUUGAAAGAGAACAAGAGCUCCCAUGCUGAAAUAGCUACAAAUAAUAGAAGUUAUAAGGCUAAACAAGGUUCACCUGAACUACAAGGUAGAGGGAAUGUUGACAGGGAUGUUCAUGCAACCACUCAUAAACUUGGUGACAAACAAGAAGCAAUUACUUCAAGGGAGGUGGAAGAUGAUAAAAAGGAAGUUGCCAGAAAAGAAAAUGAAAGUGCUAGAAUGCAAAUGAACACAGCAAAGGACAGGGAAUUUGCUAAAAGGGACACAAUUUCAACAGAGAGAGUCAGUGUUGGAAAGGAUGCACAGGCAAUCCAAGAGAAGGAGGCCCCUGGAAAUGCAGGUGAAGGGAAAGGAGAUACUAUGCUACAUAACUUUACAGAAAUGGACAGAGACAACACCAAAAACAAAGAAUGUGCAGUCAAAGAAAGGAACAGUAUUAAACAGGAAUUACUAGUAACAAAAGGAGGCAUUAAACAGGAAGUACUUGAAUCACAGGAGAAGGAACUCAUAAGAAAGGGCGAUUUUGCAGAUAAAGGAAAUGGUGGUCUCACAUCGGGAAACUUCAAAACAAAAGACAGAGAUGAUACUGAAAACAAAGAAUAUGUGGUUCAAGAGAGGGAUGGUAAUAAACAGAAAUUUAUAGAGACAAAAGAUCAUGACAAACAGGAAGAGAAGGAACCAAAAGAGAAGGAACUCAUUAGAAGUAGUAAUUUUGCAGGUAAAAGAAAAGAUGAUACUAAAUUGGGUAACCUUACAACAAUAGGCAGAGAGGAUAUCAGAAACAAAGAAUAUGCAGUCAAAGAAAGGGAUGAAGUUAAACCUGAGGACCUUGUAAGAAAAUACCAAGUCGUGACUGAAAAUGUUUAUUCAAUCAAUGAAAAAGACCAUAGAAAACAAGUAGCCACUGAAGCAACAAAAUCUGCUAAACAGGAACUGAUUGCAAGAAAUUACCAAGACCUUUCUAAAAAUGUAAUCACAGACCAUGCUACAAGAGAAGGUAUUGCAGCAAAAGAAAAAGCCCAACCUAAACAGGAAAUACUGGUAACAAAAGAGAGAGAACCAAUAAAAAAUGAGAUUUUCGCACACCAUGCUAAAGAUCACACUACAUUGCAUAGCCUAUCAACAAAAGAUACAGAUGGCAUCAGAAACAAACAAUUUGCAGAAAAAGAACCUUCUAAACAGGUAGCAAGUGCAACAAAAGAAAAAGAUUUAGCUAAACAGGAAGUAAUUGUAUCAAAAGGAGAUGUUAAACAGGAAGUAUGUACAAUAAAAGGAAUAUUACAUGUUAAACCAGAGGUUCUUUCAGUAAAAGAAAAGGUACAUAGAAAUCCAGAGUCAUUUGCUACAACAGACCAGGCUAAAGGUCUCAGCAGAAAGGAAGUAGUAGUUCCAGGCAAACAAGGUCACUAUGUUAAACAUGUAGCGUUUGCCUCUGAUGAAAAAGACAGCUCACUCAAAGAAAUGUUUGCCCCCAAGGGAAACAGCAAAGACAAAAUGGAAGUUACAAAUAAACAAAGUGAAAUGAAGGCUUUAUCAAUGCCGAGGGAAAGAGAGAAGGAGAUGCUUGCAAUGAGAGAACACAAAGCUAAAGUGAAGGCAGCUGCAAGACAAGAGCUACCCUUCCCCAAACAGGAAGUAGUUCCAAGACAUGACCGUGCCAAUCCUGCAGUGCUCACCACCAAAGAAAAGAAUGUGAGAUACGAAUUCCUUGCUACAGAAGGAAAAGAGAAUGCCAGAACAGAAGCAUUAGAAAAUAAGGAAAAAAUGCAGAUGGUUACAAAAGAUAGGCAAAAUCAUAAUGUCAGUGACAGAAGUACUCGUGAACUCCGCAAUCAACAUCCAGCAGCCACCUUACCCUUGCAGGUCAAUGGUAGGAGAGGAACUCCUGGUUUCUCAAAGCAACCAGUUCAUGCUGAUGAGCCCACAAAGGAAUCCUAUUUAACAGUAGGAGGUACCCCACAAUAUCUGGAACAAGAUUCCUCAGAAUAUCCAUCCUUGAGGAAUAUGCGUAGUGCAGUGGAUAAGAAGGCAGAGCAAAAGAAUAUGCCAGAUGACAAUAAGAAGGACAUGGGGCAGACAGAAGUAUUACAAUAUUAUGCAAUCAGUGGCAGCCAUGAAAAUGAGACAGAAAUUAGAGGCAGACCAGUACCUUCAGUUCAAGGGCAGGAGAGGGUGCCGAGUAAGGUGGAAAGUGAGUUGCCUCGUGGUGAGGUGGAGGAAGCUGGGCGGGCCCAGAGCCCAGCGGACUACGUCAAGAGUCACACGCCCACGCCACGAUCCAACUCCUCCUCGCCGUCUCCGGGGAAGCCAGUCUUAUUCAAAGUGAAGGACAACACCUUCAGGGCGUCCCCAGUGACAAAGACAGUGAAACCACGUCUACAUAAGAUGUUUCCUGAGGACUCCAGGCUCGGCUCCUCCAGGGAGAGCUUGACUGGCUCAGAGAAGGGCGAAGGUGAACGUGACCACCCGAAAGAAUGCACCGAAGCUCCCCUUCUCCACAGCCCUGCAAUCGCGUCAACCCGAGUGCAGCGGAUGAGAUCGCACAGUGCCAUCCCCACUACGGAGUUUAUCACUGCAAGGGAACCAAGGGGCUAUCACAGGAGAAAUCCACUCCUGGACGAUGAUGACACCAACUCAGUCAUCAGUGCAAUGUCGGAGGACAUUGACAGUUUUGCAACAAGCAUAGGGGGCCUGACAGACGGGAGGGUCUCCAGUUCUGUGUACUUGGAGGACCCAUGUGAAAGGCCAGACUCAGCCUGCAGUUUCAAUGACACAAGGCCUCUUGGCAAACCGCCAGCUGUACCACCAAAGAGCGAAAAGGCCCUUCGCCGCGCAAAGAGGCUGACAACCAGGAGAAUCAAAAAGGCAGAGGCUAAAGCCAAUCCUGAGGGCGUGAGUGAAGCUGAGGAGAAACCCAUUCGCACUGUUGCCAGCAUGCCCGCGUCCCCCACUGACGUCUUUCUGUCCCAGCGCCCUGUGCACGGCCCGCCACUAGCGCCCCACUACCAUAUUGAGCCCGGCUACGUCCCCCGUGCCACGAACGUUGUCCCGCAGUCCUUCCCUAUGACCCAGAGGAAGCUCCUGCAGGACCCCAACUCAGGGCAGUACUUUGUGGUCGACAUGCCCGUGCAGGUGAAGACAAAAAUGUUUUUCGAUCCUGAAACGGGGAAGUACAUUCAGCUGUCAGUGCGUCAGUCGCCCGAGGGGAACCUGUCAAACGCGUCAUCGAUGGAGGUCCUCAACCCUCCUUACAUGCUCUACCCUGGGUUUUUGCCAGUGCCCACCUCUUCCUUGCCACCGCUCAGGUCAACGUCCCAGAUGUCAGCCCCUGCGUCUCUCAUGGAGGAUCAGGAAAAGUAUGGCGACCCCUGGAGGCAGGAGGCUUAUCGACAAAACUGCAACAGAGAGACACAGCCAUACAUUGAGCCUGUGUCACAUGAUCAGCAGGCAAAGGAACCCUCGUAUGGCAAAGGGAAAGGCAGCGAAAGUCCUAGAAACCUUGACAUUAUACCAAUGAGUGAACUGGAGGAUUUUGCAGUAGAAAGCAUGUGAUUUCAUUGCUGUUGCCUGAAGUGCCUUGUUUUCAAGCUUUUACAACAACAUGAAAGACUGAAAGAAAUAUAACUACAGUAUAUAUAUAUAUAUAUGUAUAUACACAAAA